CAGUUGUUCCCCAUCCAGUCCAGUGCAGUGUUUGCAAACACCUUGAACGCAGAGAAGAAGAAAAAGCAGAAGAAGGGGGGGACUGACGGACGGACGCUCGGCUGUAACACUGCUGAAAACGAGCACUUCUUUACGGGCUUGCAUCGCAGGGGACCGCUCGGUUGUUUUUUUACAACACAUUUAACUGCAGCUUAAUAUUUUUUAACCCAACUCUGGAAAAUGGAUGUUCUACCCAUGUGCAGCAUCUUUCAAGAACUUCAAAUAGUUCACGACACGGGCUAUUUCUCAGCCUUACCGUCACUGGAGGAGUACUGGCAGCAGACAUGCUUGGAGUUGGAGCGCUACCUUCAGAGCGAGCCUUACGUCUCCACGGCAGAACUCAAGUUCGACAGCCAGGAGGACCUCUGGAGCAAGUUGAUCUUGGUCUGCGGGGACAAGGCCAAGGCCGAGUCCGACCCAAAGCUGCCCGCGGCCCAGGACGAGGACAAUCAGGACAGCCAAAUCUUGGACACCAACAGUGUGAAUUCUGACGCCAGCAGCGAAGCUUCAGACAGCUCUGAGGAGCUCUCGCCCACACACAGCUUUACCUCCAACCCUCUGGGCUCUGUCUUGGUUGGCUCUGGACCUUUUAGCCCAUCCAUCAUAAGCACUCCCCCGUCCUCUCCGGAGGCCAACUCGGAGCCCAGUGUCGUGACUAACGGCUGGGUCAACACACAUGCCGAGGCGCACUUGCCGGGCAAAAUCAGGACCGGCGGGGUGGCAAAGAGUACGGAAAAGACGGGACUCAGUUGCGGGGACGCGUCCCCAGACGGCAGGAGGCGAGUGCACAGGUGUCACUUCAACGGCUGUCGUAAGGUUUACACAAAGAGCUCCCACCUAAAAGCACACCAGCGCACUCAUACAGGUGAGAAACCUUACAGGUGUUCAUGGGAGGGCUGUGAGUGGCGUUUUGCACGAAGCGACGAGUUGACCAGGCACUUCAGGAAGCACACCGGGGCCAAGCCAUUUAAAUGCAGUCACUGUGACAGAUGUUUCUCCAGGUCCGAUCAUCUGGCUCUUCACAUGAAGAGGCACGUCUAGAGAAGGGCAAGCUCCAACCAAGGCGGAAAAAAGGGGAAAGUUUGGAAAGAAAAAAAACAAAUGUCGUCUCCCGACCAGUCUCUUGGUUGAACUGUCCCAGAGCAGAGUGGCGGGAGUGUGUUCCAGCCAAAGCAUGCCGUUUUGCACCAUACUGAAACCCAGUGCCUCCGGGACCUCUCUUUGGAGAAAGGCGCUCUGAAAGGUUGUCUGUUGCAACGAAAAAGGACAAAAUCAUGGAUGGGGAAGACAUUUUUUUUGAGAAGGACACACACAAAAAAGACAAAAAAAAAAAAAAAGAUAAAUGACACACACAAACAAAGAGUGAAUGAUCUGUAUGUAUGGUGCAUGAUGUUUUUGGGGGACAUCUCCCGGACAGCAGAUACACUGGUACUUUACAAAACUGUCUGAGGUAAGCAUGUGUGCACUGUGAAUGUCUGAGAUCGGCUGACUGGCCCCCCCUGAGAGGAGAGGAAGAGGAGAGGGGUUUUUUUUUUUGGAGUUGGAUUGAUGGAUGGUGCGGGGCUGGCACCGAUGUUGCUGUGGACUGAAUGGGUUUCUGGGGGGAAUUUGUGUUUCCCCGGUGGCAGUGUGAGGAUGGGGCAGGGUGGAAGUUCCUGCCUGUCUGUCUGGCACCAAGAGGGGGGGGGGGUCUCGGAAGCUUUCAAAGCUUUUGACGCCUUGGGUUUGACUUUAUAGAAGGAGGACGUGUCCCCCUUCUGGUCAGUGACCCAAAACACCCCCCACUCCCACCCGGUCACUGUAUGACAGGAGCUUUUUUGGUGUUUUUGGUGCAGCUACUAAAUGUGCAAUGUGUUAUGUAGCCUGGUUUAUUAUUUUUUUACAAGCUACAAAGCUCUAUUUGUAGUCCAAUUGUAUAAGCUGUGUGCUUAGAGUUAUAACACAACUAUACUAUAACUUCAGUAUCAUAGACAGGUGUUGCAUGGUUCUAGGGUUUGUUCAUUUCAUGUUUCCACUGUAAUCAGGACUGCAAAUAGUUUGAAUAAAAGUGCAGCUAAAGUGCGGACGGUUAAAUGUUACAAUAUUGUACAUAAAGCCUUGAUGAUUUCCCUCUUCUUUUAUUCUUUCAUCCGUUUCUUCAUCCGGCUGGAGACUUCACCACUGCUUACUCAUUCUCUCAUUCAUCCUAUGCCUUGAGGAGUAAUUUUGAUUUACUUUUUUCAUAAUAAUGCACUGUUGACCUUAAUGGUGCCUUAUGCAAGUGACUUAGCCCUGUGGUAGCGGUGGUUUUGCUCCCCGUGGAAGUCACAUUUGUUAUAUGGGUGAUUUGAAAAGCUUGAUCAAGGCUCAAUUACGCAUUAACUCGCACCUCUUUGUGUUUAAUGACCGCUGUCCGCAUCUGUUCUGACCAUUAAUCGCGUUGCUAAAAAAAAAUCUUCAGAUAAAAGCACUUUUCGAGUCGGAGCGCCAGUUAUCACAUUCAAUCAAGUCAGAACAUGUAAAUAUGUUUAGAUCACUUAAAUUCAUUUAUUAAAAGCUACUGUGUAGUUUGUAGUCCAGUCCAUCACACACAGCUCGAAGGUACAAAACAACCAGACUAGGGAAACAAAUGUGUGCAGUGCUGCUCCUUUUUCGCAGUCUCCCUCCCCACCAUCUCCAACACCAUCAUCCCCCCCCCCUUCUGUCCCUCCAUCUCUGCAAGUGGGACUGAAGAAAAAGCUAAAGAUUUAUUGUAAUUAACAGGCUGCAGUCGGACAGGCCUCGCCUUGUACUGCCUCUCAGUAAUGAAUUGCUAAAGGCUUUGUUGGCAUGGAAUCUGUCACAGACUGCUGACUGUGUAGGUUGGUUAUUGACCUGUCUGGGGAGCGUUGUUUUAGCCAAGCUGCAACAGUAUUAUCGAAACCACAGGAGCGAGCGAUGGGGGGGCGGGGGAGCAGAUAAAGAUCAAGCGUGCACAUGGAAGUUGGACAAAAAAACAAUGACAGUAUCACCGUUAAAGGUGGAUCUGUUAUUGGAUGUGGAGUGGGACCAAACCAUAGUCAUUGUAGGGUUUAUACUUAUUACUGUUUCAGGAAAAAAGUGCCACCCACUCCAGAUCACUGCUGUAGAAAUUCGAUGUUGCAGCAAGACUUAUGGAUUUCAGAUCAGCGAGUGAAAGAGACAAGAUGAGUACAAAGUUGAAACUCCUUGCUGCGAUAGAUGUGGGUAGUGCUGGCAGUGCCUUUUUUUUUUUGUGGGCAAAAAGGAAAGGAACAUCCAUUCGUUGCAAACGGCAGCCAAUACUUUUCAAAUGGUAAUUGAGCCUUGAUUAAGCCCUGUGUUUGCUCGCAUCUUUUUCCAUCAUUCGCCUUCAUCCCACUACCCCAACUUCUUCUGUCACACACACAGAUCUUUGUUCUCAACUGAAUCUUUGUAUAAAAAAAAAAAAAA